CUCAUUCCAAACUAGUGAUAUUCCUAGUUCUCCCACUCCUGCCAUCCUAUUUAAUGCAUUGAGAUGGAAGCGGUCUUUUCGAUAUUGCUUUCUUUUGGCCAACCUUCAUUACCAAUAGCUGCGUCGAACGGAGCGUCGUCUCAACACUUCCCUAAGCAUGGACAGAACGCCCACCGUGAUUUUAUGGCUCUACAUGACAACUGCCAUCAGUUUGCUUCACGUAUCGACCGGACAGAGGGUAAGUGGAUUUUUGGUCGAUUGAUUUUGAUAGUAAAGAAACGUUUAACAUAUCUAAAAUGUUUUUUUUUUAAAUUUAAAAUUAAAUGCUGAUAAUAAUGAUAUAAACAGUAGAGUUCUGGUUGAAUGAUAGGACGGAGGUGUCAUGGUUAACUGUUAGGACAGCGGUGUCACGGUUCAUGGUGCCACGGUUGAAUGAUUGGAUAGAUGCGUCAUGGUUCAAUGAUAGGGCAAUGGUGUCAUGGCUCAUGGUUGAAUGAUUGGAUAGAGGUAUCAUGGGUCAAUGAUAGGGCAAUGGUGUCAUGGCUCAUGGUUGAAUGAUCGGAUAGAAGUGUCAUGGGUCAAUGAUAGGGCAAUGGUGUCAUGGCUCAUGUUUGAAUGAUCGGAUAGAGGUGUCAUGGGUCAAUGAUAGGGCAAUGGUGUCAUGGCUCAUGUUUGAAUGAUCGGAUAGAGGUGUCAUGGGUCAAUGAUAGGGCAAUGGUGUCAUGGCUCAUGGUUGAAUGAUUGAAUAGAGGUGUCAUGUUUCAAUGAUAGGGCAAUGGUGUCAUGGUGGAAUGAUUGGAUAGCGGUGUCGUGAUUCAAUGAAAGGACAGUGUUGUUAAUUUUAGAUUCUAUGUCAGUGUGGUGUCAUUGCUCAUGGUGUCAUGGUUCAAUGAUUUGAUAGUGGUGUCAUGGUUGAAUGGUAGGACAGUGGUGUAUUGGUGAAUGUUUGGACAGGGGUGUAUUGGUUGAAUUUUAAGACAUGGGGAUAUUGGUUAAAUUUUAGGACCAUGGUGUAUUGGUUUAUAGUGGUGUCCCAAAAUUGUCCGAAAUACCCUAACCUGCCUAAUUUAUGUUGAUACCGAUAUGAUCAGUUCAUGUGAAUAAUGUCCAGGCGUUGUAACUCGAACGGCCCACUCAUGUGUUAUGUUUAUUAUCAACUCAGGGCCCGACAAACAGUCAGAUUCAAACAGCUUCCGAUGGCGAUGACAUGUCUCGUUUUCAGAACUUUACACCCCGCCCAGUCCCUCCCGAAGAGGUCAACUGUCACCUGGAGCUGCAACAGGUAAUUAUCCUAAAGUGCGACCGUCAUAGCUAUGAUGUUAAGGCGAGAGUUGCGGGCUUUGAGUCGGGCUGAUGGUGACCCGAGACUUGACCUGACCCGACGCUUUGACCUUAACGGACACUUUGACCUGACGCUUGAGCUAAAUGUAUCGUAUGAAUAACAACAAACCAACGUGACCUCACUCAAACACUCAGACAAACAACAGCUCAAGCACUCCCCUGCGGAGUCACAGAUAUUUGUCAAAAUUAUCGCUCGAAAGUUAAACGUGCAUUAUCUAUGAGGCUCAAAUUCCUUUAGCACUAGGUUAGCACAAUUAAAUUCCUUUAGCACUAGGUUAGCACAAUUAAAUUCCUUUAGCACUAGGUUAGCACAAUUAAAUUCCUUUAGCACUAGGUUGGCACAAUUAAAUUCCUUUAGCACUAAGUUAGCACAAUUAAAUUCCUUUAGCACUAGGUUCUCACAAUUAAAUUCCUUUAGCACUAGGUUAGCACAAUUAAAUUCCUUUAGCACUAGGUUAGCACAAUUAAAUUCCUUAAGCACUAGGUUAGCACCAUUAAAUUCCUUUAGCACUAGGUUAGCACACAUAAAUUCCUUUAGCACUAGGUUAGCACAAUUAAAUUCCUUUAGCACUAGGUUAGCACACAUAAAUUCCUUUAGCACUAGGUUAGCACAAUUAAAUUCCUUUAGCACUAGGUUAGCACAAUUAAAUUCCUUUAGCACUAGGUUAGCACAAUUAAAUUCCUUUAGUACUAGGUUGGCACACAUAAAUUCCUUUAGCACUAGGUUAGCACAAUUAAAUUCCUUUAGCACUAGGUUAGCAAAAUUAAAUUCCUUUAGCACUAGGUUAGCACAAUUAAAUUCCUUUAGUACUAGGUUGGCACAAUUAAAUUCCGUUAGCACUAGGUUAGCACAAUUAAAUUCCUUUAGCACUAGGUUAGCACACAUAAAUUCCUUUAGCACUAGGUUAGCACAAUUAAAUUCCUUUAGCACUAGGUUAGCACAAUUAAAUUCCUUUAGCACUAGGUUAGCACAAUUACAUUUUUUGAACAGUUUAAUGAUUUUACAAGAUGAAUUUAUUGCGAAGAAAUACCUCUAAAUAAGCUUCUAACUGGCCUGUCCAUCAGCCCCCACCAAAUAAAAAUCUCCUUACUGGCUUACCCCACCCCACGGGCCAUCAACACCUUCUAACUGGCACCCCCCCCCCACGGGCCAUCAAAAUCUCCAAACUGGCAAUCAACCACUUCCCCCCCCGCCCCCUCAAAAUUUUCUAACUGGCCAACCCACCACAUCUCUUCACGAAGCCCACCUCCCCCCCACCCCACAAACUUUUCCCCCAGAUAAAAUAUUUAAAACAUUUCCAAUUUUUCCUAUAACAUUAAUUAAUGAUACUUCUUUUGAAAUUGUUUUAGAUCAGUGGUUCUCAACCUCCCUAAUUACGGGGUACUUUAACACAGUUCCUCAUGUUUUGGUGACCCCCCCCCCCACAACCAUAAAAUUAGUUUCGGUGCUACUUCAUAAAUACGUAUUUUCCGAUGAUCUUAGGCGACCUCUGUUUAAGGGUCGAAUGAGAUAACUCAUUUUAACCAAUGUAUUUUAAUUUGAUCGUUUCAUCCCGUUCCACUGACAGACCGUUGUUCUGGGCGGCCGAUGCGUUCCCCUGGGCCGAGGUAGGAUCACCUGGAGCUGCCAGUCAGGGAUCUACAUACACCCAAACAGCCGCCAGUGUUUGGACCUCGCCAUGCAGACGACCACGACCACGACCACGACUCGAAGAACAAGGUCAACCAGAAGGAGGCCGUUGUCGGCCCAAAGUCCUUAGCCUACUGGAAACACAACUUUAACAAAUUACUGGGGGAGAAUGUGGCGCUUUCCCAGUAUUGAGCUAGACUACCCGCUGUGAUUUUGAUUUAUAAAAUAUUCUUUUCAGAGCAGGUGUUCUUAAUCUGGGGCAGUGUACCCCUUUCAUAGAAACAUUGUUAUAUUUGAAACGUUCCGAAAUUUUUCUGUUUUGAAAUGGAAGUCAUAUUUAUUUAUUUGUUUUAUUUUUUUUAAAAAAUAGUUAUCGCUAUAUUGUAAGCAGUAAAAAAUAAAAGAAAGAUGAAAGACUCGUGAUUUAUCGGAUAUUUUAGACUUUCAAUAAGUUUAUCAGGUUGUGGUAGCCCCCCGGGGGGUCGAGUCCGGUUGGAACGCGUGGGAACGGCGCUCCUGUACUUUUUUUCUCCUUAUUUUUUUUCUUUUUUGCUUAAUAUUUAUUUUUUUAAAGGGGUACUCUUUGGUACAUUACCUCACUCUUCACCCCUUGUGUUCCCUAACUUUUUUUCCAGGACUCGAGCCUUGGGUAGAACAUGUUGACUUGAGAGAAAUCUCCAACACACUGUAUUUGAACGUAUAUUGUGGUAUAAUAAACCAUUUGUAAAUAAUGAAUG